CGCUCUUUCUCUCUCGAGACUCACGGACACGCGCUCUGCACCCGCACAUAUCUCACUUCCGGUUCAAUAUGGCGGCAUCCAUGGCAUCUCGGGCUGUUUCUAGAACACUACGCGGAACUGCAACCGGACCUUUAUUUCUCAGCAGAAACAAGUUGGUGAGAGUGAGCCCCAGAAGAUGGCUGAACCUCCAGGAGUACCAGAGCAAGAAGCUGAUGCAGGAGUCUGGCGUCGCCGUCCAGCGCUUUUUUGUUGCAGACACCGCUGCCGAGGCACUGGAGGCUGCCAAGAGGCUAAAUGCUAAAGAAAUCGUUCUGAAGGCUCAGAUCCUGGCAGGGGGCCGAGGCAAAGGAGUGUUUGACAGCGGCCUGAAAGGUGGAGUGCACUUAACCAAAGACCCAGCGGUGGUACAGGAUCUGGCCCAUAAGAUGCUUGGCUUCAACCUGACCACCAAGCAGACGCCGAAGGAGGGCGUCAAGGUCAACACGGUGAUGGUGGCCGAAGCUCUAGAUAUCUCCAGGGAGACGUAUUUCGCCAUCCUGAUGGACCGCUCGUGUAACGGCCCCGUGAUGGUGGGCAGCCCGCAGGGGGGAGUGGACAUCGAGGAGGUGGCGGCCAAGACACCAGAACUUAUCUACAAGGAAGUCAUCGAUAUUUUUGAAGGCGUGCGAGACGACCAGGCGCUGCGCAUGGCAGCUAAUUUGGGCUUCAAAGGGCCGCUGGAGAGGCAGGCUGCAGAUCAAAUUAAGAAGCUGUACGAUCUCUUCCUGAAAGUCGACGCCACUCAGGUGGAAGUGAACCCACUCGGCGAGACUCCCGAAGGACAAGUCGUGUGCUUCGAUGCCAAAAUCAACUUUGAUGACAACGCCGAGUUCCGGCAGAAAGACGUCUUCGCUAUGGACAACACAGCCGAGAGCGACCCUACGGAGACCGAGGCGGCCAAAUACGACCUUAAAUAUAUAGGCCUGGACGGCAACAUCGCUUGCUUUGUCAACGGUGCAGGCCUUGCCAUGGCGACAUGCGACAUCAUCGAUCUCCAUGGCGGGAAACCCGCCAACUUCUUGGACCUGGGAGGAGGUGUGAAGGAGAACCAGGUGUACGCGGCUUUCAAACUGCUCACCGCCGAUCCCAAGGUGGAGGCCAUCCUAGUGAAUAUUUUUGGUGGGAUUGUGAACUGCGCCAUCAUCGCUAACGGCAUCACUAAGGCCUCCAGAGAGCUGGAGCUCAAGGUGCCCCUGGUUGUCCGGCUGGAAGGAACCAACGUGCAGGAGGCUAAGAGGAUCCUGUCUGAGAGCGGGCUCCCCAUCACCUCAGCCAGCGACCUCGACGACGCAGCAAAGAAAGCAGUGGCUGCUAUCGCCAAGAAAUAAUGCACAUGCACACACGCAUAUAUACUGUACACACACACACACGGAAAGCCUUAGUUGAACUGUUGUUCACAUUAACUUCCACGCAAAAUCAUGUCUCAGACUUCUAUCCACUAGUAUUUAAGCAGGUCGCUCCGCCUACUGACAAUCCAGACUCGUGCGUUAAAUCUGUGAAGUUCUGUUCGAAUCCUUAUUUCAUUAAACUCAGUAACUCUGUAACUCGUUUGGUUUUGAUUUGGGGUUAUUUUCUUCCAGCCUAGGCCAUGUCCGGGACCGAAUACACCCUCUACACCGAUCGCCCUGCGUACAGUAUAAUUCAUUCACUCGUUAAAUUCGAGUGCCACCCGUCACCCUAAGUGUCCGAAUUUACUUGGUUUCAUUUUCUUCUUAAUUAAUUUUUUUAAUUCUUUAUUUUUCUUCGACUCCUGGUGGUUUCUGAGACAAAAUAAGUCUGAGGGAUGUGACUGCAUCUGCAUGGUUAGCUGAGAUAGCGAUCGCGCAACCAAACACAUUAUCUCAACUGCACACAAUCGAAGGCCCUCGGACGCUUAUCAUUAUCACUGUGAAACGGCUCGCAAAUCCUCCUAUUGAUUUCUUAAGCUUCUUACAGGGUGAACUUCAGCACCGUUCUGUCUGCUGGAACUUUUUUAUUAUUAUUGUCUUCUUUUUUUUUUUU